AUGGAGGGUUCAUCGAUUGUAAAUGUUGACUUUCUAAUUUGUAAAAUAUGUACCAAAAAUAGGGCCAAAUACACUUGCCCACGUUGCUCCAUAAGUUACUGCUCAUUGGCAUGCUACAGAGAUCGCAGUCACAGCAAAUGUUCUGAAAAAUUCUACCGCAAUUGUUGUGAAAACGCUAUAAAAAAUCUUAACAAUGACGAUGAAAAAAGAAAACAAAUUGAGCGUAUGCUUUCCGAGGAUGAUGAUAAAGCAGACGAUUAUGCUGAUGGUGAAUCAGAAGGAAGUGAGGAGGAAGGUUCUUCUGAAGAGAAUGCCGAGGAUUUGGCGGAAAGGCAUGUUUUAUACUUUUAUGUGUUUGCAAUAUGCCUAAAAUCAUUGUCUUUUAGAGUUAAAAACAUUGAUUUAACUGCCGAUAACAUUGAUGUUGAAAAGUUAUUGGAAUUACUAUCUAAGGAAGAGAAACGAGAAUUUUACCGACAAAUUGCGACAGGAAGCAUUUACAGUAAAGUCCCUGUUUGGACACCUUGGUGGCAAUCAGCCUCGCGAAAACUUGUUGCCUCCUUUCCUGAUGACCUUGUUGAGGAACCUUCCGCGAACGGUCGUAGUUCCAACGUUAAGCCCUUAUCAAUGCUUACUUCCAAGGCGCCGCACGCGUCUAUAAUCUUUUCACUGGCAGAAACGUUAAUAGGCUAUGCUUUCGUUUCAAGGUUGCAAAUUGAGGUUUCUCUUAGAUUCUUCAACGGAGAUCAUCUUAAAGAAAUGCGAAGAGACGCUUGCGAUCUUCUGCCUAAGCUUGUUUCCUAUUUUCAAUCCACAGAGUCAACAAAAAAUAACUCUAACAGAACUCGAGUUAUAAGAACCUCCACUCCUUCCAAAAUGGUUAUCUUCUCGGAUUUCUCAGAGGUUAUAGCUUCUUUACAAUCUCGUUUAGCUCAGAACCAUCUUGCUUGUUCUCACAACCUCAUAUUACUCUUAACCGAUGAUAUGUUUUGUAUGCUGCAGAAAUUCGAUCCUUUUGUAAAUCGAGCACUCAAUGAACUAUUUGAAAUAUUUUCUCAUGUUAAACCGAAAAGCACCCAAUCGGCAGUUGCUCGGCAUAAGUUAAAAUUCUUAAUGGCUUGCAUUGGGAAGCAAGAUGAGGCUUCAAGAAUAUGGUACGAGAAAAGCGUCUCUACUCUUGUGCGUGACGUGGAAGCUUCAAUUUGUGAACAAACGAUGAGAAUCGAGAUCGAAAACGAGCAGUCUGCUAUCACUAAGUCGGAAGAGAAAUCAGCAGGUCCAAAUUGGCGAAGUAUCAUCAGAGAUAAUGCAAAGCAAAACAAUGUUCCACUUAUCGAAGAAGUUGAUUUUCCAAAUAUACCUAAUACUACUAUGUAA